UAAAGUCGUAAUGCUAAAAGAAUAAAGUAGUAAGGUUAAGAGAAUAGUCAUAUCGGACAUCUCAGUUUGAACUUAUAGAAGUGACAUUUUGAUGCUCCCUGCCUCCCUGUUUGAGUGACAGCGUCGCCGUGGCAACCCUCAUCCCCCCCCUGUCCAAUCAGCACUGAGAGCCGUGGUCCCGCCCUGACCCCAAGGUGAGCUCAAGAGUCCGGACGGGGGCCGGGUGGGUCCCACACGGUUCUCCGGCUGGCUCCGCGCGCGGCUCCACAUGGUGUUCAGGUCCCCUCUCGACUUCUUCUCCGCCUCUCGCCUCCUCCUGCCGCACCUGGCGGACCAUGGCUCGCCCGGACGCUCCCCGGAGGACGCCCCGGCCUCCUUCGCGCCCUUCUCCCUGCCGGGCCUCUGCUUCUCGGCGGCGCAGAUCGCCAGCGUGUGCGAGACCCUGGAGGAGACCGGCGACAUCGAGCGCCUCGCCCGCUUCCUCUGGUCGCUGCCGGUGACGGCGGACGGCCGCGACUCCAUCUCGGAGCACGAAUCCGUGCAGCGCGCCCGGGCCGUGGUGGCCUACCACAGCGGCAGCUUCCGGGAGCUCUACCGGAUCCUGGAGACGCACCGCUUCACCAGAGCCUCGCACGGCAAGCUGCAGGCCAUGUGGCUGGAGGCGCACUACCGGGAGGCGGAGAAGCUCCGGGGGCGGCCCCUGGGCCCCGUGGACAAGUACCGCGUCCGGAAGAAGUUCCCCCUGCCCAGGACCAUCUGGGACGGCGAGCAGAAGACGCACUGCUUCAAGGAGCGCACCCGCGGGCUGCUCCGGGAGUGGUACCUGCAAGACCCUUACCCCAACCCCGGCAAGAAGCGGGAGCUGGCCCACGCCACCGGGCUGACGCCCACGCAAGUCGGGAACUGGUUCAAGAACCGGAGACAGCGGGACCGAGCCGCGGCCGCCAAGAACAGGUUGCAGCACCACCGGCUGCGGUCUGACCGUCCACUGAGCGCGGGCGGCUGCAGUCCCGACCUGAGCGCCGAGCGUGCGGAUGGCGAAACUCUUCACUCAGUAACAGACAGUGACUCCGACUUGGAGGUGUGACCACUUUCUUUUAUUGUGAAAGGACUUUUAGGACCCUUUGCUGCUGCGCCCUGCGGACGGAAGCCCGCCUGCCUCUGCAGCAAAUAUUCUUGGCAAUAACGUGAUUGGUCACCUUCUUCACUUUUUGGAGACGUCAAGGGCUGACCUUUGAACUAUGCAGACAAACUACUCUCUUCCUGUCAACACUCGACAAUCAACACGCACUAAAACCUCAACUUUCUUUCUUCCCACUCCUGCUUUUAUUUCACCUUCUUCUUCCCGCUCACUCAAAUGUUUGGAGAUUUUAUAGAAAUAAAAAGUAUUUAAUGCACCUCUGUGUUUUGCCAGUAGGCUCAUAUUAUUCAACACAGUACAACACUUUGUGUUUACGUUCGAAGCUCGUUGAAACCGCUUGGCAUUCUGGGAGUUUUUGGGCUAAAUCACCCAAAAAAAUGACACCCAAAGUACA